CUAAAACAAUAUCAUAUUAUUAUAAGCGUUUCUGCUUAAAGUCAUUCACUUAUUUUCCAUAAAGGCCCAAGUUCUUGGUGUGGCCUCUAGGUCCUAUAGGAUCUGCCCCCAACUAUUAUUCCCACUCCUUCCUGUGCCCACCCUCAUGCAUUCGGGCCUUCCUAGUGGCUUUUCAGUUUCUCAAACAUUCCUUGUUUCCUCCUGCCUGCGGGCCUUUGCCCAUGAUGUUCCCUCUUCCUGGUAUGCUCUUUAGUCCAUGCCUUCAUCAUCCUUGGCUAGUUAACCCCAAUUUAUCCUUUUACCCAAGUUCAGAAGCCUCUUCUUCAGGAGUUGCCUCUCUACUCAAUAGGUUAGAUCAGCUCCUUCCCCCACAACAAAUGCUUAUAUUACCCUAUAGUUUUGUUUCACAAUACGUAUUGCAGAUUAUAAGUAUACACUUGUAUAGGUGGUUAUUUGUUUAUUUCUCUCCCUCCCACUAGACUGUAAGCUCCAGAAGGGCAGGAGUAGGGUCUGUUCUGCUCACUGUUGGUUUUCUGGCACUAGCAGUGUACUGAUCACAUGAUAGGCAUUUAGUAAAUAUUUAUUCUUACCAUCAUUCACUUUUCUUACCUUCCUCUUUCCUGUCUAAAUUCCAACGAUCCUUUAUGGCCCUGUUCAACUUUUCUCCAGGGAAAUUUCCUCAAGCAAGAGAAAGCAAGAGAGUCCACGUUUGUGUGCCCUUAGAAAUUAUCUACCUCUAACCCCCCACGACCACUCCUCUGAGGGCAGUGUAGAGAAACACUCUUGGGUUUCUCCUUUGAUAUUCACACAAAACACUUCUGUAACCAAACGUGGGUUUCCUUUUCCUCACAUUAACCAAUUUUCUGGCACUAGCUCAGUAGCAUUCAUUUCAGCUCGGACACUGUCUACCUGAAGUUAACAUCAGAACCCACAGGUUAAGUAAGAGCUCAUUCCACAAGAUUGUCCUCACUUCAGAUGCCAAUACCAAGCCCCAGGUUGUCACCUGUACUUCUAUAAACUAGGGUUCCCAUGACCCCCUCUUUAGGUUCGAUAAUUGGCUAGACUGGCUUCCAGAUCUCAGGGAACAUUUACUGGUUUGUUGUAUGAUAAAGGAUAUACAGAUGAGCAACCAGUUGAAGAGAUACACAGGACCUCCUCCCUGUGGAGUUGGGCAUGCCACCCUUCUGGCAUAUGGAUGUGAUCACCCACCCGGAAGCUCUCCAAGCCCUUUAGUUCAGGGAUUUUUUUUUUUUAAUGGAGGCUUCAUCAUGUAGGCAUGAUUGAUUGUUAAUUUAAUCUCUCCCCUCUCCCUCCCCAGGGGACAGAGGAUGGGAGAGGCAGGGCUGAAGUUCCCAAGCUUCUACUCAUGGCUUGGCCUUCCAUCCUGAAAGCUAUCCAGGAGGCCACUAAGAGGUGCCUCCUUAGGACCAAAGUUGCUGUGGUCACCCAGGAAAUUCCAAAGGAUUUAGGAGCUCCGUGUCAGGAACUGGGGUCAAAGGCCAAAUAUUGAAACAAAAGAUGUCUCACACUUUGAUUGCUUAGGACAUUACAAAGGUUUUAGGGGCUCUGGCCAGGAACUCAUUUUACCACAACAUCGUAGGCAGCAUAGAGAUCUUUGCUGUCUGCAGCCUGAAAGAACAGGCCACAGAACAUGAAGCAAGCCUGCUUCCUCCUUGUCUGCUCAGCCAAGUACAAUGCUGGGCUGAUGAAGAAAGAAUGGAACUUGGUAUACCAAUGUGGAGCUUGCCUACCCAUCUGUCUCUAAAGACCUCUGGGAUCUAUCCACUUCUCUGUGAAAGAGACAUCAUGCAACUAUUUACUCAUUCACUUAUUCAACAGGGGAAGAGGUAUAGCAUAUUGGAACUCUGUACUCUUAGAGCAGUUACUUCACUUCUCCAAGACCUAUCUUUCUCAUCUCUAAAAUGGGGCUAAGGGCACUACCUAUCUCAUAGGCUAUGUUGACAAUGAAAUGAGACAAUUUUCAAAAAGGGCUUAGCACAGUAUUUAGUACAUAGCAAAAUAAAUGUCAGCUGCUGUUAUAGCUUGAGCUAUAGCUGGGUACUGGCAUAAAUAUGAAGCUGAAUUACAUAUAAGGUCUAGUAGGGAAAAGAGAAAAGAAAGCAGAUCAUCACUAGAUAAUAAAGCGUGAUCAGUUCUACUAGAGAGACAAGCAAGAGGUAAGGGUGAAAGGUUCUAGGGUCUCCAAACAUACCAGUCUCCCUUGCAGAUAGAUUUUUCUGUGUGUAAGGAAGGUAAGAGUGGAGUGGGGUGGGGCUCUAUCUGUCCCAAAGAUCUAAGUUCUUUCUUCCCUGUGUAGAGAUACUAUGAAGGAGUGACUCUGGCUUCAGUGGUGGUAGUGGGGGAGGUGCUCCAGAACACUGCCCACCCCACCUCCGUGCCUAAACUAAUCCUUCAUUCUUACAUUGGAAGGCUCAUAAAGCUGGAGGAGCUGGAACGAGGUAAAGGAAAGGUAUUCAAAGGUAGGAGGUAUGUGAGAUGUGCUGUUUGUAGGAUUCUUGUGUUUUCCAUUUUAUUAUUCCUCAGUAUAUGGUGAAGCUUCUUUUGAAAUGCAGGCUGAUUUAUCUGAGCCAGGGGACCCCAGGAGAGGUCAAUGUCCACAGCUGGGCAGGGAAAAGAGCACCCCCUUUUCCCCCUGGGCAUGUGAGGUACAAGCUGUGGGAAUUAGUGGUGGGUGGGGAAGCAGAGUCAGGACUGUAGCCCUCAUUCCAGGUGCCCCAGCUGGUGGCCCUCCUCCUGGGCUGCUGAGUGAGGUCCGGAUGUCAGAACCUUUUUCCAGAGGAUUUAUUUAAAAAUUUUUUUUUAAUAUUCAUUUAUUUUUGAGACAGAGAGAGACAGCAUGAGCAGAGGAGGGGUAGAGAGAGACAGGGAGACACAGAAUCCAAAGCAGGCUCCAGGCUCUCAGCUGUCAGCACAGAGCCCAACACGGGGCUCGAACUCAUGAGCUGUGAGAUCGUGACCUGAACCAAUGUUGGACGCUUAACCGACUGGGCCACCCAGGUGCCCCUCCAGAGGAUGUAUUUUAAAAAAAAUGUUUAAUGUUUAUUUUUGAGAGAGAGACAGAGAGUGAGUGAGGGAGAGUCAGAGAGAGAAGGAGACACAGUAUGCGAAGGAGAGUCAGAGAGAGAAGGAGACACAGCAUGAGCAGAGGAGGGGUAGAAAGAGACAGGGAGACACAGAAUCCAAAGCAGGCUCCAGGCUCUCAGCUGUCAGCACAGAGCCUGACACGGGUCUGGAACUCAUGAACCGUGAGAUCAUGACCUGAGCCGAAGUUGGACGCUUAACUGACUGAGUCACCCAGGUGCCCCAUGAUUACUCCACAAACAAGGCCCAGCCCAGCCUUCACCAUGCCGAGCUCCUGGUGAUUCUCCCUGACUUCCGUCUGUUUGACAUGUGAGCAGCUCAGCCUGGAGCAGGGGCUGGGGUUUUGUGUCCUGCAGUACUUAAGGCAGGAAGGAUCAAAGGAGCAUGGAGCACUGACUGUCUUCCUGCAUCCCACAUCAUCUCAUCUCACCUUCCAACAUACCUGUUAGGCUGGCAUUAUUAUCUCCCUUUUAUAGAGGAAGAAACUGAAGCUCAGGUUAAGGGCCUUGCAUGUGACAUUUGACAUCAUCAAGCAUCACUGAGUUCCUUCUUAGAUCACAGCAAUUCUUUGCUACUGACAGCUACUCAGUAAAACCUGAGGUUCUCACAAUAGCCUGCAAAGUUCUGUGCACUGCCUUUCCUCUCUGACCACCUCACGUGUACCACCCCCCCCACACACACACACACAUAUACACACACGCUCACUGCUCCAGCCACAUUGGCUUCUCUGCUAUUUAUUCCAAAAUAUAACAGACACAUUCCCAUGUUCCCACCAUAGUCUUUGCUCAAGCAGUUUCUUCUGUCAGAAUAUUCCUCCUCACCUCCAAGUCUGUGCUCAAACCUCCUCUCCUCAAUAAGACUUCCCUAGAUAUUUUAAAUUCUGCAAAGUGCUUCCUACUCCCACCCCCACUUUUUGUAGCACUUAUCUCUCAACCUCCUAUAUGACUUGCUUAUUUAUUAUACCUAUUUGCCCUUUCUCCCUUCACCAGAAUGUAAGCUCCACAAAGGGAAAGGGAUCCUUAUCGUGUUCUUGGAUCAUCACCAACCCUUAGAACAGCCCGCGAUAUUUUGCCGGUUCUCAGUAAGUCAGUGUCCUGUGAAGGACCGAAUGAAUGAAUACUGAGACCCAAGAUUGCGGGCGGUAAGCCUCUGGGCUGCUGAUCGCUGGAGGGUGUGAGAGGCAUUCAGAGUGCUCCCAGUGGCCACCCCCGGCAAACGGCCCUCCAGGGAGGCACUCGAGGAACUACAUUUCCCAGGAAGCUCUGGGUCAGGGGCGUUGCGGGUGCUGCCGGGAAGUGCAUACGUGCCAGAAGCCAGGUCCGGUACCGUGAGGAUGGCAGUUCAGCAAGUAUUCCCCCUUUCCGGUGUGGUGCAGCAGUAUGCCUGGGGGAAGACAGGUUCUAACAGUGAAGUGGCUCGGCUGCUGGCCAGCAGUGACCCGCUGGCCCAGAUCUCAGAGGACAAGCCAUAUGCAGAGUUGUGGAUGGGGUGCCAUCCCCGAGGAGAUGCCAAGAUCCUUGACAAUCGCAUCUCACAGAAGACCCUAGGCCAGUGGAUCGCUGAGAACCAGGACUGCUUGGGCUCAAAGGUCAAGGACACCUUUAAUGGCAAGCUGCCCUUCCUCUUCAAAGUGCUCUCGGUUGAAACUGCCCUGUCCAUCCAGGCACACCCUAACAAGGAGCUGGCAGAGAAAUUGCACCUCCAGGCUCCACAGCACUACCCCGAUGCCAACCAUAAGCCAGAGAUAGCCAUUGCCCUCACCUCCUUCCAAGGUUUAUGUGGCUUCCGGCCAGUUGAGGAAAUUGUGACAUUUCUGACAAAGGUGCCCGAGUUCCAGUUUCUUAUUGGAGAUAAUGCAGCAACACAGCUGAAGCAGAGCCUGAGCAGUGACUCCCAGUGUGUGGCCUCUGCUCUGCAGAGCUGUUUCUCCCACCUGAUGAAGAGCGAGAAGAAGGUGGUGAUAGAGCAGCUCAACCUGUUGGUGAAGCGGAUCUCCCAGCAAGUGGCUGCUGGAAACAACAUGGAGGACAUCAAUGGGGAGCUCUUGCUGCAGCUGCAUCAGCAGUAUCCAGGUGAUAUUGGAUGCUUUGCCAUCUACUUCCUGAACCUGCUUACCCUGAAGCCAGGAGAGGCCAUGUUUCUGGAGGCCAAUGUGCCCCAUGCCUACCUGAAAGGAGACUGCGUGGAGUGCAUGGCGUGUUCAGACAAUACUGUUCGUGCUGGCCUGACACCCAAGUUCAUCGAUGUGCCAACUCUGUGUGAAAUGCUCAACUAUACCCCCAGCAAGGACAGGCUCUUUCUUCCAACACAGAGUCAAGAAGACCCCUACCUCUCUAUCUAUAACCCCCCUGUGCCAGACUUCACUGUCAUGAAGGCCCAGGUCCCUGGCUCCAUCACUGAAUACAAGGUCUUGGCAGUGGACUCGGCCAGCAUCCUCCUGAUAGUACAGGGAAGAGUGACAGCCAGCACUCCCACAGCCCAGACACCAAUCCCCCUGCAGCGUGGUGGGGUGCUCUUCAUUGGGGCCAAUGAGAGCGUCUCACUGAAGCUCACUGUGCCCGAUGACCUGCUGAUGUUCCGAGCCUGCUGCCUGCUGUAGAGACCACAGCCUGUCUGGCUCUCCUCUGACAGUUACCCUAAAUCCUAGCCAGCCUCUCAGGCCCAGCUCAAACCCUUCCCUGUUCUGGACUUAGGUGUGCGCUGGAAGAGCUGGGGUAGAGUAGCAAGCUUGAAGGUAGUGCCUCCUGAGCAAGCCUAGGACAAACCAUCAUCUUUCUCUUGGGAGAAGGACCCUGAUGAGAACUAAGAGCAGACACUCCCCUUGUAUUCUCACCAUACCUCAGCCAGGCUGUCCUCAAGGCAGAAGGCAGCAGCUGUUCCAGCCUAUGGCAUUAAGCAGGCUGCUAAAAUCUAGUACUAUUUCAGCAUCACUCACAGCAAAAGGAUAGGCCAUUUCUAAGAACAGGGUUCUGGCCCUGGGACUGCCCAUUCCCUCAAAUGCAAAGGAGGGAAAAGAGUAGGCCUAUGGACUCAUUACUCAUUGCCACUCUCUGACUCUGUCAAAGCAAUUAAAGAUCACUGUGUUGAGGCUGAUGUAGAGCAGUCAACCUUUAGUGUUCCAGGAUAUCCUUUCUGGAUGUCCAGUUUUUGCUUUAAUUUCUGCUUCUAAGAGCUCCCUGUGGAGGGCAGGCUGGACUUCAGGGCCCUUUUAUAGGAAGGGCAGCCGGCUUCAGCCUUAGAUGCAGAGCUUGCAGGCAGGCCUUGAGUCCUACAUAUGGGGAAGGUGGAUCUAAAGACAGGUACUGUCAGUGUAAGAUUCUCCUCUCCAAUGUUUCAGUUGGCCUUAGGGCCAGGAUCAGCAUGUUAAGGCCAGCAGACUGGACCUGGCCACACUUGUCAUUUACAUACCAUCCAGCUGCUUUCAGGCUACAGUGGCAAAAUUUAGUAAAUGCACCAGACUGUAGGGCCUGCAACACCAAACAUACGGACCAACCCUUCCGAGUUUGUCAGCCACUUCUCUAGAGCACAUUCAGUCACUGUAUACACAGGGAUUUGGGGUCAGGGCAAUCCAGUUUGUGUUGCGAAGAGAAACCUAGCUACUUUUUCUAAACUGGCAGGAAAUAUAUAGGGCGUCUGCUCUUCCCAUGCCUACCCUCUAGUCUGCAAGAGGUGGCACAGCUGUCUAUUCUGCCACUGAAGUACCUGACUGCAGUCCGAGAUCCUGUCACCUCAGACUUAGCAGAGAGCCAGGCUGUUGGCUCCUUCCUGUGGGGUAAGGGUUUAGACUGGCACAAAAGGAUCUUCUUGGGCUACUGCCCACACUAGACCUCCUAUACAGUGGAAAUCUAGGAAACUACCUUCAAAAAAGUUCUGGCCAAUCUGU